AUCGAAUUUUCCCCACCUCUAACCUAUUGUUUCGGAUUUAACAAUUUUUUUUCGGAAUUAAUUUAAAUUUUAAAACAACGAGAAAUACGAUCAAAAUGACGUGCCUUUGCUAAUCAGCUCACCUAGCGAUGUACUGUAGCUUUUCACCUUUGACCCAGCACUAGCGAAGCCUACCGAUUCUCAUGGCUGCAACGACGGAGGGCAGCAAAAUGCUCGAGGCAGCUUUGCAGCGGAUGGAUGGUCUCAUUUCGAGCACAGCAACCCAGGCGGGGCCAGAUACGGGGGCGGGAGCCUCGCUGACGCUGAACGAGCGCAACCUUAUUUCGGCCACCAAUGUCUUGUCCACGGCCAAGACUUUGGCGCUGGCCCUGCAACAGGUGGGUCUAGCAGCCCCGGCCCCUGAUCCUGUCACUGCGGCGAUUAUAAGCGACUGGCUGGAGACACAUAUACCACGGCAGGACUCCGAUGAGCGGAUGCGGCGAUUGCAACGGGACAAGGAGGGGCUGGCGUUGCAGUACCAAAUGCUGGCGGAGCGUGUCUCUGAGCAAGCUGAUAGGAUCAUUGAACUGGAGGGCCUGAUCACGGAGAAGACUCAGCAGCUAUGCAGUAAGGAGGAGCAGUUGCAACGUCAAAUGAUUUCGCGCUCUGCUCUGGAGACGCAAAAGCUGGAACUAAUGAGUGCCUUGAGUGAGUUGAAGCUGCAUCGCACCGCACUGGAACAGGCCAGUGAUGCCGGCGGCGGAACCGGUGGCGGCGUUUCGUAUGGGAGCUUAAGCAACAUUAAUCAGAAAGCUUUCGUGGGAUCCCCAAAGACGCCGCCCUCGAUGCUUCGUCAUCAGAUCAAACCGCAGUUUCAUAGCUUGCCACGGUCCCACGGCAAGUUGGCGAAUAAUAAUAACAACAACCGUGCCUUGGACGUCAAUGCGAACAGCAGCGGUAAACAAAGGAACGUGGUGUUUGCUUCGAACGAACAAAUUUUGAUAGAAGAUAAUGUUCCUCAAGUGGACGAUGCCAUGACAUCCAGUUUCCUUUCGCAGUUCACGCCGUCACCAAAGCUCCGGGAGCGGUCUGCUCGCGGUUUGCGCAGUAUUCUUGGCAAGUUGCGGCGGAGCAACAGCAGCAACUGUGAGCUCACUGCUUUGGAGCAAGCUGAACCCGAGUUCCGCCGGGGAGGAUCAAGAGCCACAGCUGGCGGGCGCAUCGAGUGGAGUGCCCAGACACCAUUGUUCGGGGAAAACGAAAAACAUUGGACCACCUGGGGGGUUCAGGAGGUGUGUAACUGGCUUGUUCAUAUGGGAUUGGGCUGCUAUGAGGACAAUUAUCGAAAAUGGAUAAAGUCGAACCCUUCUGAAUCGAUUUUUACCGCGUCACCCGUUGACAUUGAACGGGAGCUAAAUCUUAAACUGGCGCUUCAUCGUAAAAAGAUUACUUUGGCCAUCGACGAUAUUACUGGAAAGGAAUUCGACGAGCUGACUCUAAAGGCGGCAAAAUUGGAUGUCUCCUGGGUGCUGCGCUGGCUAGACGAUAUUGGUCUUCCCCAGUAUAAGGACUACUUUAUGCAAGCCAAGGUCGACGGGCGGAUGUUGCAUCGUCUGACGUUGGAGGAUCUGGCCCAGUUGCACGUCAGCUCCUGCCUACACAUAGCCUCAUUACGAGCCGGUAUCCUGUGUAUGCGCCGUAUGUCCUGGAACCCCGAAGGACUUAUUAGGCGCUCUAUUAAAGUAAGCAGUGAAGACGAGGACUCCGGCAGCCCACAGAAGGACAGAGUGGAUUUGUGGACGGCUCAUCGCAUUAUGGGUUGGCUGCAAACCAUUGACUUGUCGGAAUACACGCCAAAUCUACGUGGUGCCGGAGUUCACGGUGCACUGAUGCUUUACGAGCCACGCUUCAAUGCUGAGUUGUUAGCAGACCUACUUUCAAUACCACCGAGCAAAUCGUUGCUGCGCCGCCAUUUGGCCAUGCACUUUAAGGAACUUGUUGGUCGCCCCGUGAUCUUUAGCAAGCGUGAUGCUGAAUCUGCACCCGGCUACCAGCCAUUGAGCAUCACUGCCAAGCUUAAGCCAGUAAAGCGCACACAGUUCUCGUUAAAGCGACGCAAAAGCUCGAAAAGUCCGAGCGACGUAGACUGGACCGAGUAUGUGUGCCCCAUGAACGCCAAAGUGCCGGAGCCUUCUGAGUGUGAGCCGAAUAAGGACAACGAUAUUUCAAGCAGCGACCAUGGAUCCCCAUACAAAUGCACUGCCUAUUGAGACACCAAAUCUAAGAAACCAGGCGACAAUAUUAGGAAGGCUAAACUUGUUCAGCGUCGGAAUGGACAGCACCAUUUAAAAAUCUUUAAUUCUUCUGUUACUAACAUUAAGCUAAUCUGGAUCAAAAAGAGGAUGGCAUCGGAAUUAGGAUAACAUUGAUAACGAUAAGUAUUCGCCGUGGCAUUGAAGCGACCCUAAGUGCGAGACUAAUUUCAUAGACUUAGAAAAAUUACAUAUUACCCCUUUUGGAGUUUAUUUUUUGUACUAACACGUGUAUUGACCGAUUCUUUG